GGCUGUCACCGAUGCUAAGAGCUGGGGAUGUUGUUGCCCCAUCACGGAGCUUCCACGAGCAGACGAGUAAAUUGGCCAGCGACAACUAAGCUCCGCAACCAGCAGACGCAAAACAUCCCAACCUCUAAUCACAGCUUCGCAGAACACACUCAAUAUGGAGGUUCUUUUGGGGAUCACGGGCAAGGACUUCACCUUGAUCGCAGCAUCCAAGGCUGCGAUGCGGGGAGCCACCGUUCUUAAGGCAUCUGACGACAAGACGAGGCCACUCAACAAGCACACCAUGAUUGCAUUUUCGGGCGAGCCUGGAGACACCAUCCAGUUUGCGGAGUACAUCAUGGCAAACGCGAAGCUCUAUUCGAUGCGUAACGAGACCGAUCUUUCACCGUCCGCAUUGGCGCAUUACGUCCGUGGCGAGCUUGCCUCGAGCUUGAGGUCGCGGAAGCCAUACACAGUCAACCUCCUCUUGGGCGGUGUCGACCCCAUCACACACAAGCCGAGCCUCUACUGGCUGGACUACCUUGCGGCUCUGGCGCCGGUCCCAUAUGCUGCGCAUGGAUAUGCUCAGUACUACUGCCUCUCCAUCCUCGACAAACAUCACCAUCCCGAUAUCACCCUGCACCAGGGUAUCAAGAUCCUGACUAUGUGCACCGACGAGCUGAAGAGGAGAUUACCGAUUGACUUCAAAGGAAUGGUGGUGAAGGCGGUGACAAAGGAUGGAAUCCGAGACAUCGAAUUUGAUGAUGACAAGAUUGUCAAGAGUGCUUGAAGCUGUUUGUCGGAGCCAAUCCCCGGCACCUUCUUCACGUCAUUUUCGCGGACUGCAGGCGCUUUGUACUAUUAGAAUCGGCGUAGACUGGACUGGGUUUUAACGGCGACAGAAAAUCAAUGACAAUCAUGAUGAAAUCAGUACACCUAGUUAGGAUGCUACCGGGUGGUGGGUUGCCCAUAGGCGGAAGUGCAAGUGAGAAGCUAAAUGUGACAACGGUAAUGUUAUAGUAUGAUGUUACAAUUAAAAUAGUGAAGCAUACUGGGGUCAGGG